GACUGGGUUUUGGCGCUUGAAACACUUCACGUUGAAAACGCAAGUGCGAAGUAAAAGCCCCUACUCACCGUCACUGACUGACUCGCCGAGUCACCAGACUCAGUGACUCACCACCAUGUUUUUGAACCUACUUCAAGCCUCGUCCUUCUAGUUCUAAUGCUCUCUCGAGUCUCCAAAACCCUAUUUCCCAAACUACCCCUUUGCUGUAUACUUCGUUUUGCCCGAGCCAUGAGCUCCCAGUCGGCUCAGCGCGCCUUCCAGCUCCGAGUUAACCCGAUCACUGGAAACUCCGAGUGGGUCGUCAUUGAAGAAGACGAACCAGAAGAACAAACUUUCAACGGCGGUUCCCAAAAUGCCCUUCUUGCCACGACGUCGUAUCUUGACAUGCUCAACGACUCCCAUAGAAACAGAGCCUUCCGUGAAGCCAUAGACAAGACCAUCUCCACUCCUUGCCAUGUUCUUGAUAUCGGUUCUGGAACUGGGUUGCUAUCGAUGAUGGCGGCACGGGCGAUGGGCUCGAUGACAUGUCGUAUGGUGACUGCCUGCGAGUCUUACCUUCCAAUGGUGAAGUUAAUGAAGAAAGUGGUGCGCUUGAACGGCAUGGAAAACCAAAUAAAGCUUAUCAACAAGCGUUCUGAUGAGCUCAAACGCGGAAUUGAUAUCACUUCUCCUGCUCAAGUUCUGGUUAGUGAGAUACUGGAUUCUGAGUUGCUGGGUGAAGGGCUUAUUCCGAGUCUAAAGCAUGCUCAUGACAUGUUGUUGGUGGAAAAUUCCGAAACGGUGCCAUAUAAGGCCACCACCUAUGGCCAGCUUGUUGAAAGCACAUUUUUGUGGAAGCUUCAUGAUUUACAUGGCAAUGAGGCAAAAGCGUCUGAUGGGAUUCUUCUUGUUCCAACUGGGUUGGAUAAUAUUCUAGGUGUUAAGCCGCAGCAGUAUGCCUUUCAUUGCGAUGCAAUAGGAAAAGAAGUGAAACUGCUGUCCGAACCCUUCAAAAUUUUUGAGUUUGAUUUUUGGAAACGGCCAGACAGUCAUGGGGAAACAGAAGUACAUGUGAAGGCAACUAAUGAUGGCCGAGUUCAUGCUGUAAUAUCAUGGUGGAUACUUCAGCUUGAUCGUGAAGGGACAAUCUUUUAUUCCACUGCUCCUAGGUGGAUAAGUUUGCCAGGCAACACAAGUCAUGGGGAUUGGUGUGACCAUUGGAAACAGUGUGUUUGGUUUGUUCCUGGUGAAGGUAUGUCCAUAACGAAAGAUGAAGAGGUUUGUUUACAUGCUGUUCAUACAGAUAUUAGCAUCUCAUAUAAUCUCAAGAACCAAGCGUCAAGAAAUGAGAUUAUGCAGUAUGGCUUCAAAAAUGGGGAUUUCAAGCUCAUACUACCACCAGAAAGAAUUGCAAUUUAUGGAGACAGUGAAUGGAGGCAUACCAUGUUUAGUGCCAUAAGUAAUUCUUUACAGGGAAGAGUUGAUCCAUUAUGCAUUGUUGCAGAUGACAGCAUCUUCUUGACACUCCUUGUUGCACAUCUUUCUAAAACAUCACAUGUGAUGUCAUUUUUUCCGGGGUUGCAAGACAAGGGUUUCCAAUAUUUGCAAGCUGUUGCCAAUUCAAAUGGUUUCUCAAUGGAUCGUGUAGAAUUUCUUAAUAAGAGGAAAACAAAGUUGACCAUGCAUGACACACACCAGAAAAAGGUUGACCUGCUGAUUGGAGAACCUUUCUACUAUGGAAUGGAUGGCAUGCUUCCAUGGCAGAACCUACGCUUUUGGAACGAACGGACAAUGCUUGACUCUGUCCUAUCCCAAGAUGCAUUGAUACUGCCGUGUAAGGCGAUAUUAAAGACUUGUGCCUUGUCUGCCCCUGAUCUUUGGAAUAGUCGUUGCUGCUUGAGUAAGAUUGAAGGUUUUGAUCAUUCAGUUGUAAAUUCUACCUUAGGAGCAUGCGGUGAAUUACCUGCAGAGCAAGAGUGUCCUUGUCUUCCCUAUUUUAUAUGGCAGUGUGGAAAUGUUAAGAAACUGAGUGAAGCAUUUACGGUCAUGGAGUUUGAUUGCUCAAAACCUAUAACAUCAUCUUGUGGAAAAACCCAGGUUGAAUUUACUGAGCCUGGGAUAUGCCAUGGCUUUGCACUAUGGAUUGAUUGGGUGAUGGAUUCAGAGAACUCCCUUGUUGUGUCUACAGGGCCAGAGAAGAGAUAUUGGAAGCAAGGAGUAAAGCUUCUGGCUGAGCCUGUGGCAGUUAGAACUAACAAAUCAAGUACAGGUGAAUGCCGGUCUGCAGUGAUUCAAGCGUUGUUUGACCCAUCAAGCGGCGACCUCGACGUCAGACAUGCUUUCUCAUAGCCAUGUCAAGCGGAACCUGCCUCUACAUCAUUUGAACCAUGAAGUGAUACCUGCACUCUCUUAGCCUCUCAUACUGUGGUUCUCCUGUGCUGUUAUUGUCUCAUGUUUUAGGAUUUUCUUAGAGUUCAUGAUCUAUAACUGAAAGUGUAAUCCCAAUUUUUUUAGGGUUUGCACCCUUGAUGCGUGGAUCGAUUGGUUUCUGUUCUGGAUUAUGCUACUGUUAGUAUGAUUAACGAAAUAGACAAUAUAUUUUAAAAAAUUUAUGCAAA